AUGCAAUAAUAUUUAAAGAGAGUAAAGAAGAGAAUUCAAGAAUAGUGGAUUAAAUAUAUUUUCAUUUUGAUAAUAUUGGUAAUAGCUAUGUUUAGAAAUUAUGCAAAUCAAAAAAUUUCAGACGAAGAACCUGUAAAAUUAACAGAAGAAUAGAUCGCAAAAACUGAAUAAUAUAAGUAGGAAACAAUAAUGCAAUAUGGUAUAAUGUGUGCAGUAUUUAUUGGCAUCCUGGUUUUCAUAUAGACGUUAAAUAAUAAAUAUGAAAAGCCUAAGGAAAAAGAAAAAGAGCAAUGA